CAAAACAAACCCGAGAUUGUUGUUCAAUAUGCAAGUUGUUUAUUCUGCGUUAGCUAGCUUUUGAAAACUUGUAAUAAAAAAUGGACGCGGAUGAAAAGCACGACUCCAGCACAAAUGAUAAAACGGUGGAAAUUCCCAAACCGCCUUCAAUCGAGGAUUUCAUCGUCCUGAAGCCCGUCAGCCGCGGCGCUUUUGGCAAAGUCUACCUCGCAAGGAAGAAGUGCAAUGCGCGAUUAUACGCCAUUAAGGUGAUGAAGAAAGCAGACAUGGUUGAUAAAAAUAUGACGGGCCAGAUGAAGGCAGAGAGAGAUGCACUCGCUUUGAGCAAAAGCCCCUUUGUGGUUCACCUGUUUUACUCCCUUCAGACAGCCACCAAGAUCUAUCUGGUAAUGGAGUACCUAAUCGGUGGAGAUGUCAAGUCUCUGCUUCACAUAUAUGGAUAUUUCGACCAGGAUAUGUCCGUAAAAUACAUUUCAGAGGUUGCACUGGCUUUGGACUACCUCCAUCGUCAUUGUAUAAUCCACAGGGACCUGAAGCCCGACAACAUGCUGAUAUCCAAUGAAGGCCACAUCAAGCUGACAGAUUUUGGUCUUUCCAAAGUCAAGCUUGACAGAGAGCUGAGUCUUAUGGAUAUCCUUACCACUCCAUCCUUGGCUAAACCUAAGAAAGAUUACUUCCGCACCCCGGGUCAAGUCCUCUCCUUAAUCAGCUCCCUUGGCUUUAAUUCACCUGCAGGAGAAGGCAGGCGUCACUGCAGUGCGUCUGCUGUGUCCAGUCCCAUGUCCUGUGGCAAAAUAAAACAGAAGACAAGCUCUCUUGGUUCUCCCUUGAUGAAGAAAAAACAUCAGUUGCAGUCUCCGGCUUGCUGCCCUUGGAAAACGGGACCCAACAACAUGGUGCUUAGUCCUCAUAAUUUGGCUAAAAAUCUGACCCCCUCACUGCUGAAAACCAGGAGGAGGUUUGAGACGAUGAGCGCAGGCAGCACCACUGACCUUGAAGGUGACAUCAGUCCACUGUGGGAGUGUGAGGAGAAAGAAAAUGAACAGAGGGGGAGAGAGCGAUCUCAGUCCAAAGUGCCUCAUCAGGACUCUGCAUCCACAAAUCUGACCACAUUUGGUUUCUCUGCCGAGGCCACCAGCAACCAGUCAGAUCCAGUCCAUCUAACAGAAAAGAGGCCUCAUGCCAGCAAACUGGAGUCUGUUCCCACAGCUGAGGAUGAUUUUUGCCUCUCAGCUCCGUCUGUAAAAAGAACAUUUUCUGAUGUUGAGAAAAGCCCAGAACCCCCGGACAACCAAGCCAAGAAGCGUAAUGCAGCUUAUAAGAGAUGCUUCGAGAUUCCAGAGGAGACUGUGAGGUUUCACACCGGCCUGACUGGAACAUUUUCCACCAUUCAAAUAGGUGACUUCAUGGCCUCCACAGAGGGGAUCCGGUCAGCUGAAGACCGGAUCCCAAAGCGCUCCAGUCCCAUCGCUGUGGCCAAAACUCUGUUUAGUGAACUGGAGGAGCCAACAGAGGAUGUGUUUGAGGACGCAGCCAAAGAUCUGUCACACACAAGCUUCACAUCACCAAUCGCCGGGAACAGCGACAUUUGCAGGAGCUUGAGCCUCGACUCUGACGGGUCCAUGCACGAAACGUCUCCCACUAUUGACAGCCGUGCAUCUCUCAAGCCAAGAGAGUUUUACCAAAACAGGACUUCAGUGUCAUCAAUGGAGCAAGAGGAAAAUAAAGAUUCUCUCAUUACUGAAUCACUCCCACAGACUCCAUCUGCUGUCACCACUGAAACACCCAAACUCGGUAACCUCGCCCACAGAGGAUCUCAGUGCUCCUUUCUGAACCGGCUCCCUGAUCUGGCCUGCAGUGUCGCACAGUCCUCCUCUUUCCUCAAGCCGAGAAAUGUUGUAGCUUUCCGGAGCUACUGCAGCUCCAUUAACCGCUCCAACAUGUCGGGGGUGUCCCGGUUUAGCAUUGGUUCUGUUGACGCUAUGGACGUGUCCACAGCCGCUUCCUAUCACUGUGCGUCUGGCAGCGCAACACCAGUGCAGAGAAGACCCAGCUCCAACAGCUCCCUCAGUCAGACUCCUCAGCCCAUGUCCACCUCUCACACCCCCUUCAGGACCCCAAAGAGUGUCCGACGGGGAGCGCUGCCUGUUGAGGGUGCACCCAUUUUAGGAACUCCUGACUAUUUGGCUCCAGAGCUUCUCUUGGGAAAACCACAUGACUGCAUGGUGGACUGGUGGGCGCUGGGUGUGUGUCUUUUCGAGUUCCUCACAGGUGUGCCACCUUUCAACGACGAGACGCCUCAACUGGUCUUCCAGAAUAUUCUCAACAGAGAUAUUCCCUGGCCUGAGGAAGAGGAGGAACUGUCUGUAAACUCAAGAAAUGCGAUCGAAAUUCUCCUGACCAUGGACAUGACAAAACGAGCUGGUCUUAAAGAGCUCAAGUGUCACCCGCUGUUUGAGGGCUUGGACUGGGACAACCUGCAGAACCAGCCAAUGCCUUUCAUCCCUCAGCCAGAGGACGAAACCGACACCUCGUACUUUGACGCAAGAAACAACGCUCAGAACAUCGCCGUGUCUGGCUUCAGUCUGUAG